UCUCUGCUUCUAAUUGGUUCGCGUUUGACAGGAUUACACGGGUUUCCUCAAUUGAGCAGACAUCGGACAUCCAGCUGAAGAAUCUCCUGCUUUUGGCCCCAAAUAAAGCAAAAGAAAAUCAAAGCAACAGCAACAGCAACAACAACAACAACAACCAAAAACCUCGACAACAGUCAACAACUUGUGUGCGGCAGUCCAUCCAAUGUGCGUGAGUGAGUGGAGCCGCCGGGUCUGCAGCGUGAUCUCCGGGCUCCACGUCCUCUGGGCUCAUGGUCCACACCGAUGCGGCUUCUCAACACACGGCCGCAUUUCGGAGAAGCUGCGCGUCAACUCUCACUAGUUUAGAGCCAAAGUUCGUCAUGAUGACGCGGAUUUUCUGGGAUACAAUUUUUCUGAUCAGCGGUACUUUUAGUAUGUCUAUGGUACUCGAUGGAACCCUCUUUACAUUCGGAGCAGGGCCGAGCAAUUCGACAAUCGUUGAAGCCAGCGUUUCCAUCGACACGAACUCCACCGCAGCACCAACCGCCAGCAGAAGCAUGACUACCACAACGAUCGCACCCACUAAACCAAGUAACCCCCCCGCCGGUAAAAGUUCCCUCUCUACAUUUGGGCCGAGCAGCUUGAAAACGACUGAAGCCAGUAUUCCCGUGAAUGCAAACUCCACCGGCGCUCCCAACGCGACCCGCUCGGCGACAAACGGCAGCAGAGGCCCGACCGCCACGGGCGCGACAACGACCAUCCGUCCCGUCAAAAAGUUUGUGGCAGCGGCCGUUCGGUCUCAUUUUGACGACUGUCCGGACUCCCACAGCCGCUUCUGCUUCCAUGGCACGUGCCGCUUCCUGAUCUUAGAGGAGGCGCCUGCAUGCGUGUGUCAUGCAGGCUUUGUUGGGAUGAGGUGUGAGCAUGCAGACCUGCUCGCUGUGGUAGCAACUAAUCACAGGAAACAGACGGUUGCCACAGUGCUGGUGUUGUGUGUGAUCGGGUGUGUUCUCUUCAUGGUGUUGUGUACUCUUCUACACUGCUGGUGGAGGCAUGAAUGCCGCAGGCGGCGCCGCGCGCAUCACCGCGUCCCCGAGAAGCACGGAGCAUCCUGCCAUCCUUCUGAGAGUGUGGUUUGAGACGACCGCUCCGUGGAACAUUCGCUGCUUCGGUUUUACUCGACCGGCCUACAAAUCAUCAGGAUUGCACCCAAAGAGCUGCACUGGUGUUCAGAUCAAACGCACCUGGCAAGUGGAGAAGAAGCAUUAGCGUCCAUGUGGUAAAGGUAGGCCCGCUGGUUACGUGUUCCAUGGCAGUUUUUUUUUUUUUUUUUUCCCCGGCACUGUGGACCUGAAGCCCCGUAGGGACGUGUUCACUUCACUGUGAGUCAGUCUGAAGCUCUGAGGAUGACGAGCUCUGUGCCAAGGAGGUGCAAGAAACUACAUCCGAGGCCAUUGAUCUUCCUGCGUGGAUGGAAAAGGAAAAGUGUUUAUUUUGAUCUGCGGGACAAUAGUUCAUUUAAGAGACCAAUUCCUAUUUUUGUCUUUUACUAACUUUGAUCACUUUUAAUCAGAACUCUACAAUCACACAGGACAUUUCUUAGAAAUGGUGGUGGGGGGAAACUGAUGCUUUUUUUUAGCAUCUGUUUUGCUUUACAGAGGGAACUCACUUCACACAACAGGAGUAGGAAUUGUGAGAGAAAAAAAUGGAUUAAAACCCAAGGAUUCAAUCAAUAGUUAAACACACAGAACUUAUAAUUGUUCAAAUAUAAUUUUGACAGUUUGAUAACUCCAGCGUUGCUACUGAAGCUGAAAUAUUUGUCAGUUUUUACUUUUUCUUCCUGAGCUGUAUUUGAAACGCGUUUGUGCAUCCAAGGUGUUUUCUUUUGCAAGCUAUAACUCCCUCGACACAUGCACAUCCUGGGUGUCACACUAUACCACUGUCUUAUUGUAUUGUUUCACUUUUCUGCAAGCUUUGCAAGCUGCUCAUACAAAAAACUGCACUUAUUGUCUAAUGUAGUCCAUUGAAAAGUGUCCACUUAAUGAGAGAUGCCAAAUACACUUUCUAAGUACGCCUGAAUGAGCACUGAAGGGAAGGGGCACGCAGCUUGUACACCGACGCACGCUCUAAAAUCACAGUUUCUACUUUUAAAGAACACUAAACACUUAUUAUAGCAUUGCCUCAGCUUUGAAGUCAUACACUUUUUAGAGAGAGAAAGCGCCUUCGAGGGUUCAUUUAAAACGUAAUAUUUAAUAAUCUUAGUAAUAAUAAUCGGGGAGGGAAUACAAAAAGGCGAAUGCAAAUUGACUGGUAUAUAAAGUGUGUGUGUGUGUGUGUGUGUGUGUGUGUGUGUGUGCGCUUUGUGGGAUAAGAUGGAACAAAAAAGAAUAGAGAUUGAAUGUGAUGGUAUUCUAUGCCAAAAAUACUCUGAGGGGGUGUUCUACUUGUCUUUGUUUACAGAAUGUGAAUAGUUUUACAUUCAGUAAAUGUUAUUGUUUGCUCUUAUGUGUAAAUAAGAAGAAGAAAAAAGACACUGAAAUGUGUAUAUGGUAUAUGUAUGGUGUCAAUACAAAAUCAUCUGCAAAAGGUGAUCUUUUCAUGCAUUAACCUAAUUAUUUUGCCAGAUUUAUGUUUUCACAGUUGGAAAGUAUUUACUAUUUGUGAUUGUUUUCCGAUAAGAAAUUAAAAAUGACAGUGCAUGUGCACCUAUUUUUCUAUUCAUGUACUCAUUAACCGCUGCUCUGUCGCCCGAUUCAUCGCGUGACCUUCUUUUCACAUCUGAUGCUCUUUCUCGCUCUUCAAAUACCCAGAUUUCUUUCUUUUCUCUUUCACUGAAUAU